AUGUCAGCGAGAAACAUGGUCCCAAAUGUGCAGAUCUACACCUUGCGAAAACAUUCGGAGCCCAUUUGUGGCAUAGAAUUUGCAUACGCACAAUGCUUGCCAGGUAUCGCGGAAAUAAAAUUGCUUUCAAAUACUUAUUCACUUCUCGAUGUCAAAUACAGCUUCGGCCCUUCCCAAACUUCUCCAAUUUUAUGGGGGGUUAUAAGUGCUCGAUGUCCACAGUUCUUCUUGUUUGUUUGUUUAGCCCAGGCUGUCAUUGAUCAUGAAUUCCCUCGGAUUGAGUGCGCCUCUCUUUGCAGGCAGGCAUUGGCCCUGAACAAUGGCGUUGGAAAACUUCCCACCAUGGGCUAUGAUACGUACAAUGCGUUUGAGAAAAACUACGACGGCGUUUUGGCACUUGAGCAAGCUAGGCUUAUGAAGGAGUUCGGGCUUGUAGAUGCGGGUUAUAAUACAUUUAUCUUAGACGAUUUUUACGCAUUGGAGAACCGCUCUGAAACAGGCGAAAUGAUUCCCGACCCUGCGAAAUUCCCAGACGGAAUGCUGAAUAUGUCCCAAAGUCUGAACAAGUAUGGCCUCUCAGCGAGCGCAUAUUCCUCGAACCGGUAUAAAACCUGCGGUGGUUUACUUGUAGCCUAUGGCCGCGAGUUGCAGGACCUUGAGACGUGGCGGAGCUGGGGAUGGGGAGGCAAAGGCGCCAUUGUGAAGUACGACCAGUGUGCGGCGAAUCAUCUCCCGAAUACGAUUCGGCGAUUUGGUGAUUCAUUCAUAUUUUUGAGGUAUUCGCCGAAUCAUGACUCGAAUCUAAUUCGACUCAUGAUUCGAAUCUUUGAGGCUUAA